UACUCACUAAUUACUCUGCCCUUCUUUAUAUCCACACCAAAGAUACUGAUAACCAUCCUCAUCUGUGUCCAUACUACUAUGUAUUCACUCAACCAACUGGCUAGAUGGAUACUUUAACCUAAUCACCAUUGAAUUGUAUUUAGUCUGUCUCAGAUGACUCAGUGGAUUUGGGUGGCAGUGCUAAGCGCUCCAGUGUUCUGGACAGCCUGGACAGAGCCUCUCAGAAACCACCACCAAAGAAGACAUCAGCUGUCCCUGUGCCGUGGUAGCAGGAGGAGGAGGACAGCGAAGAGACACCUGGCAGAGGAUUGCUGAGAUCUGAAAAGAUGUUCCGUAAGUCUCUGAGAAGAUCCCAGCCCAUCCAGGAGGGGGAAGAGGAGCUGCAGCAUCAGGGAGUCGAGGUGGGUUCAGAGGAGGAGGAGGAGGGGGCAGAGCCUGUCAUCUUCAGCAGAGACCGUCUGGAGCCUGAGGGUGUCUGCUCUGACUCUGUGAUGGCGUCCGGACCAGGUCAGAACGCUGCAGUGGGUCUUAGUCUGGGCAUGGACAGCCUGGAGGAGGAAGAGGAGAAGGCCCACCUGGAGGGAGGUGCGUCCUCCACCAUAGACUACUCCAGACUCAACAAAGAUCUGGAUUCCACCAGCGCCUCCACCACAGCUACCACCCUCAGGAAAGCAGAGGCGGCUGUGGCAGAGGUCGAUCAGAGAGAGGAGGAGAAAGCUAUGGAGUCUGACAGACUCUCCCCAGCCUCCAACCACUACAGCGAGGAUGAGCACUUUGAAGAUGAGGUCAUUGAGGAGCAGAGAAAUUGGAAGCCUAAAAGUCCUGCCAUGCUCACCAAAGUGUCCCUCCAUGAUUCUCUGGACUCAACCGUUGAGCUCCUGCCCCCUGGAGCGGACAGUGACACCAGAGAGGAACUAGGGAGCGGAGGAGUCCAUAGACGGCACUAG